AUGAGGAUUCUAGCACUGCUCUGGACACUAUAUCUGGUAAGAUUGUGCUACGGUGGAGAACAAAAUGGUCUCCGUAAAGGGGUUGUAGAUGUCUCAUUUGACCUCUCUUCUCCCGAUCCUUCAUUGGCUAGAGACUAUGAAAGUACUGUGGAUGGAGUAGUCUAUAGCUCAUUCUUUCCCAAGGGACAAUUCUUCAGCAAGGUAGUAGAUGGUGGAGUCACUCUCUGGGAAGCUGAAGGAGAAGAAAGAUGCGAUGUACUAUUCUCGAAUGUCGGUGAUAGAACAAGAGCUGUUCUCCAUGUAUGGGUUAAGGGUCUUCCAUCCAAGACAUUGCAUUAUGAGAAUGUAGGUGGAGAAUGGAAGCUGGUAACUGUAAGAGUUAAAGGUCUUCCGGAGUUAGAGGAGCCAGUCUCUCCACAGGAAUCCUUACCUACUCUAGACUUUGCUAGCCUCGGAUGUCCAUUGCAAGGAUUCUCAGGUUCAGAAGCUCAUGUAGAGAAUCCCAAGCUUGUCGCUGAGGAUGUGGAACCUCAAGAUGAUAAAGAUUUACUAGAAGCUCCUGCAGAAGAACCUGAGAAUCUACCAGAUGCUAUAGUUGAGGAAGCGCCUGAAGUUAAUGUAGAAGAGCUAGGAGAACUUGAGGCUUUACCAGAAGCUACUGUAGGAGGAACAUCUGAAGAGGAUGCUGAAACUCAAGGAGAGAAGAAUGCGAAUGAGCCUACAGACCAAAAUGAUGAUACACUCUCUGUUUUAGAUACGGAUGAUGUAUAUUCAUUAGCUUAUAGAGUCGUAUAUGAUGACAAUGUAGAAGAGAUUUGUGAGAAUAAUGAAUUAGAUAGUGAUGGAGCUGAGGAAGGGAAGGUUGAGAACAAUAAGAAUCUUAGGAGCCAACCUCAACCCUCUAUAGCAUCUCCUAAACCUGAACAUUUAAGUCCUUUCCUCACCAAUGUAGAUGGGACACCCUUUAGUCUCUCAACCUCUGUUGAAGACAAUGUUAAGGUUCUUAAACUUAUCGUAAAGGAUGGUGCUACUGUCAAGGAGCUAAAGUAUUAUGGGCAAAAGAUAUGGUCCGGUAGUAAGACGUUUGGUACAACAUCAAACUUGGUGGAGGCUCUCAUAUAUUUUGAUGGUGUUAUUCCAUCACUUACUGUUAUAAAGACAAAGGACUCAACAGUAUACAGGUACUAUAAUGGUAAGAAAUGGAAGAAUGAUAAAGAGAAUGAUCAUAACAAGAAGCUUGAGGCUCUAAAGGAGAGGUAUAACCCCGACAAUAUUCUCGAUAUUUCCAGUCCAGAUGAGUCUAAAGUGAAGAUUAGUACAAAGAAUGACAAGGGAGUAGAGCAUACUAUCUACGACCCAAAAGGAGAUUCUAAUAUCACUUCCAUUAUUGAUGGAGAAACCGGCAUUUGGAGUGUCUCUGAAAGGGAAACCUUUUCCUCCGCAAAAUUAUCAUCCAGGGAUGGAUACUCAUUGCUUCUCAUUUAUCUCAAAGAUACUGGAAAUAGUUUUGGUAGACAUUUUGAAAAGAGUGGUAGUUGUUGGAUUCCAAUGACUAAGGAAGAGUAUGACAAGAAACAGCAGGAUCUCAGGGAUGGAGAGACUAAUCAACCAGGUGUAUCGCAGUAA